UCUGCCACGUCUCUCCUGGGCAGCUGCGGAGAGUGAGAGGAAGGGAAGCCAGGAGAAGGGAAAGUGAGGGACCAGUGAUAGUGGAGCUGCUGGCAGUGUGUGCACGCUCUCCGUGAGCCAGAACCCUGCAGCCCCUGCAUCCCUCGCAUGGACUCACCAUGCACAAUACAACUUCCCUGCUCUUUCUGCUAGUCUGACACUGCACAUCCCCAGGCACUCCACAGCCUCCUGUGGUGCCCAUCUGCAUCCCCAGUGUGUCCUCGCUGCAGCCUCCCUGAGCUCCUGGCAGAGGGCAGGGAGGGAUAAGGGAAUCCCCAUCUGAUGACUGAGCAGCUGCAGCCCCCUCAUGUGGCUAAGUUUUGCAAGCUGUAUUUGAGGCUUCAAAGGGGAGCCGACUGGUGGUUCUGGACUUGGACUGGCACCUUGUCAUGCCCGGUGGAAGAAGGGGUCCUAGUCGGCAGCAACUGAGCCGUUCCGCUUUGCCUUCUCUGCAGACUUUGGUUGGUGGUUCUUGUGGAAAUGGCACUGGGCUGAGGAACAGGAAUGGAACAGCUAUUGGCCUCACGGCCCCACCUAUCACUGCCUUGAUUACCCCUGAGCCUGUGCGUCACUGCCACAUCCCUGACCUUCCUCUAGACGGAAAUUUGCUCUUUGAGUUUCUCUUCUUCAUCUACCUGCUGGUGGCCCUCUUUAUCCAGUAUAUUAACAUAUACAAGACUGUAUGGUGGUACCCGUACAAUCACCCUGCUUCCUGCACCUCUCUGAAUUUCCACCUUAUUGAUUACCACGUGGCAGCCUUUAUUACCGUUAUGUUAGCGCGAAGGCUUGUGUGGGCCCUGAUUUCAGAGGCCUCUCAGGUAGGAACUAAGUCCAUGAUCCAGUAUAGUGCUCUGAUCACUGCGCGGCUGGUUCUGCUCACGCUUUGUGGAUGGGUGUUUUGCUGGACUCUGGUCAACUUGUUCCGCAAUCAUUCCGUGUUGAACCUUCUGUUCUUGGGUUACCCGUUCGGAGUGUACGUACCUCUCUGCUGCUUUCACCAAGACAGCCGUUCACAGCCACUCCCUACAGACUGCGGAUAUUUUGUGCCGGACUCGCUAGUUGAUGAUAGUGUUAAUGGAGUAGCAAGCCUAAUUAAACCCAAAGACUUCCUUUCCCUAAUACGCGAGUCCCUGAGGGAACAGUUUAAUUCUCCCCCAUCUAUCCCAUCCCACAGCUGUCCGCUGUCCCCAGACCUCAUACGUAAUGAGGUAGAAUGUCUGAAAGCUGACUUCAACCGCAGGAUCAAGGAAGUCUUGUUCAACUCCCUCUUUAGUGCCUAUUAUGUGGCGUUUCUGCCGCUUUGCUUUGUAAAAAGCACGCAGUAUUAUGACAUGCGCUGGUCGUGUGAGCACCUAAUUAUGGUGUGGAUUAAUGCCUUUGUCAUGUUGACCACGCACCUCCUGCCACCCAAGUAUUGUGACUUACUGCACAGGUCUGCUGCACACCUUGGUAGGUGGCAGAAACUGGAACAUGGGUCCUACAGCAAUGCACCACAGCAUAUAUGGUCAGAAAACACAGUAUGGCCGCAGGGUGUUCUGGUACGUCACAGUCGGAGUUUAUACAAAGCUGUGGGGCCAUAUAAUGUUGCAGUGCCUUCAGAUGUUUCGCAUGCCAGAUUUUAUUUCCUGUUUCACCGGCCAUUAAGGUUACUGAAUUUGUUGCUUAUCAUGGAGGGCAGUUUGGUGCUGUAUCAGCUCUACUCACUCCUCCGUGCAGAGAAGUGGAACCACACACUUUCCAUGGCUCUUAUCCUGUUCUGCAACUACUAUGUCCUGUUUAAACUGCUCCGGGACAGAAUAGUACUGGGCAGGGCCUACUCCUACCCCCUGAACAGCUAUGGACUUAAACCCCACUGAAGCCAAGUAAUCCUGACCUGGCACAGAAGCGAGAGAAAGCAAGACUAUUGAAAAAGGAAAAAAAGGGUGCAAAAAGGAGAAACCAGAAAAAAAAUAUUUUCAUACAGUUCUAUUUUUUUCUUGCAAUGUUUAUAAAUAUUUAAGAUAUUUUAUAUUUUGUAUACAAUUUUGUUGUGUUCACCAAAUGGGGAGAGUUACCACCGCGACGACCGGUGUUAUUGUUCACAUAUACAGCCUGUGUAUAUGUAUUCUGUAUGCGUGUGUAUAAAGAACCCUACACGCACAACCCCCAGGUGUCGCCAAGAAGGGAAAGCCGUAAGGUAUUCUAAGCCGUAUGUGGCGGCCUCCUCUGUAUUCAGCAGAUUUCAUUGCCACUUGCCUGUGUUAAUGGAUCGCAGAGCCUGAUAGUAUUGACAAAACAAUAAAAAAAAGAUCAUUUUCAUAAA